AUGCAUGUCUUAACAUAUUGCGGAUGGAUAUUUGUUCUUGUCUCUAGUUGUAUUUCAGUCCCAAUCAAGCGAUCCAGUGGAUGUGGCUAUGAAGCAUGUAAUUUAGGUGAUCCCAAUAUGCUUAAUGUUCACAUUGUUGCGCAUACACAUGAUGAUGUUGGAUGGCUGAAAACAGUCGAUCAAUAUUACUAUGGAGCUCGCAAUUAUAUUCAACAUGCCGGUGUACAAUAUAUACUUGAUUCAGUUAUGCUUGCACUAGACGAAAAUCCUGAUCGACGUUUUAUUUAUGUUGAAAUUGGCUUCUUUUGGCGUUGGUGGAAUCAACAAACAGAUGCUAUGCGUGAUAAAGUCAAACAAUUUGUUAACGAAGGUCGUCUUGAAUUUAUUUCUGGUGGUUGGUGUAUGAAUGAUGAAGCAUCAACUCAUUAUAAUUCAAUUAUUGAUCAGCAUAGUUUAGGAGCUGAGUUUUUACGUGAUAAAUUUGGUGAAUGUGGUCGACCAAAAAUUGGUUGGCAAAUCGAUCCAUUUGGUCAUUCACGUGAACAAGCUUCACUUUUUGCACAAAUGGGUUUUGAUGGUUUAUUUUUUGGUCGGGCUGAUUAUGAUGAUCGUGCAACACGUAACAGAACAAAAACAAUGGAAAUGGUUUGGAAAGCCAGUGCUAACUUAGAUAGUAAAAGUUGGUUAUUCACUGGUGUUUUACCUAAUGGAUAUGGUCCACCAAACUCGUUCUGUUUUGAUUAUAGAUGUUCAGAUAAUCCUAUCAUGGAUGAUCCUCAUUUCUACGAUUACAAUGUUGAUGAACGUGUUCAAUCAUUCAUUCAAGCUGCUCAUGAUGAGGCUAUUGGUUAUGCUACUAAUCAUACAAUUAUGACUUUUGGCAGCGAUUUUCAAUACGAAAAUGCAAAUGAAGGAUUUAAAAAUUUGGAUAAGUUAAUCAAAUAUGUCAAUGCUAAGCAAGCUACUGGUAGUAAUGUUAAUGUUUUCUAUUCAACACCAUCAUGUUAUUUAUACGCUCUGAAUAAAGUUGAUCGUGCGUGGCCUUUGAAAACUGAUGAUUUUUUCCCAUAUGCUCAUCAUCCUCAUGGAUUUUGGACAGGAUAUUUUACAUCACGAGCAGCUUUGAAACGUUAUGAACGUCAUUCAAAUAACAUUUUACAAGUUACAAGACAACUUAAUGCAAUUGCUAAUCUUAAUUUACGAAAUAGUAUUUUCUAUUUGAGUGAAGCCAUGGGUGUUGCUCAACAUCAUGAUGCUGUUAGUGGUACAGAAAAACAAGAAGUUGCUUUUGAUUAUGCUCAACGAUUAGCUGUUGGCAUUGAUGCAGCCGAAAAUGUCAUCAAUCAAGCUUUUUCUAAACUUUUACCUAAAGAUGGUCAAUCUCCACCCGUAUCAAAUCAAUUUCUUUGUCAAUUAUCAAACAUUAGUCAAUGUUUAGAAAUUGAUGGACAAGACCGCUUUACAUUGACACUUUGGAAUCCAACAAUUCAUCCAGUUGUUCAACAUGUUCGUGUACCUGUUAGAACAGAUUAUACAGUUCGUGAUCCAACAGGACAAAUUGUUUCGUCUGAACUAAUACCUAUUUCGUAUGCAACACAGAAUAUCCCAGGCCGAACAAGCGUUACACAAAAACAAAUUAUUUUUAAAGCUAGUUUACCAGCUCUUGGUUUUAACUCGUAUUAUUUCGAAAAGAAACCUGAGGAAGAGGAAGAGAAAUAUAAACAAUCUAAAGUGAAAAUUACACAUAAUGAAGAAUGUGUUUUACAAAAUCAAAAUCUUCGAGUAGACUUCGAUGAUCAAGGCAAUCUACAUCAAAUUGUUAAUAUAAAUCAAAAGAUUGAUGUAUCAUUCGUUAGUCAAGGUUUCUAUUGGUAUCAAGGUUUUCCUGGUAAUAAUUCUCAAUCAGAAUUUCAAGCAUCUGGUGCUUAUAUCUUUCGACCAUUAACACCAAAUGCAUUACCAGUUAGUCAAACACGUUCAAUUACAUGUAUAAAAGCACAAAAUGUGCAAACAGCAAUCAUUGUUUUCAAUGAUUGGGCAAGUCAAGAAAUAAGUUUAUAUGAUGAAGGAGAAUUUGUUGAAGUUGAAUGGACAGUUGGACCUAUUCCAAUCAAUGAUAAUAUUGGUAAAGAAAUUAUUAUUCGUUAUGAUACUGAUAUUCAAAGUCUAUCAAAAUAUUAUACCGAUGCAAAUGGACGUGAAGUUUUAGAAAGAAAAAGAGAUUAUCGACCAACAUGGAAUUAUACAGUUGUUGAAACAGUUAGUGGAAAUUAUUAUCCAAUCAAUAGUCGAAUAUGGAUCAAAGAAGACAAUCGACAAUUUACUGUUCUUACUGAUCGAUCAGAAGGUGGUGGUAGUAUUCAAGAUGGUUCUAUUGAAAUUAUGCUACAUCGACGUACUCUUAAUGAUGAUUCACUUGGUGUUGGUGAACCUUUAAAUGAAACUGCAUAUGGCGAAGGUCUUGUUGUUCGUGGUCGACAUCUUCUUAUUGUUGAACCACCAGCUUCAAGUGCUCGAUACCAUCGUGUUGGUUCUCAACGUUUAUUUAUGCAUCCGAUUGCUACCUUUGCAGUCAAUCCACAAGACUAUGAUAGUUAUUCAGCUGCAUAUCGUCAAACAUGGUCAGCUUUAACCGAUACACUACCAUUAAAUGUUCAUUUACUAACAUUAGAUCAAUUAGGACCUAAAGAUUAUCUUAUUCGUCUUGAACAUUAUUUUGAAUUAUUAGACGAUGAUACAUAUUCAAAACCAGUUACAAUUGAUUUACAAUCAUUAUUUAAAUCUAUAGGAAUGAUUAGUAAUACAGUUGAAUUAACACUUGGUGCUAAUUUACCAUUAGCUGAUAUGCAACGACUUAAUUGGAUAACUGCAGAUGGACAAUUAUCGCAAAUGAAAACUACUAGUAAAUUUUUUGAACAAGAA